AUGUCUGGCCAAGUGAAUCGGCAACGUCGGUCCAAGGUUGCCUGCGAGCCAUGCCGGACCAGGAAGAGGAAGUGCAACGGCCGGCAACCCUGCGAGAUGUGCACAGAAUCCGAGUACAUAUGCCGCUAUGACCUGGGUUCACGCAAGAAACGAAACAAGAAUAUCACCCUGGAAAAUCUGAUAGCGGUCCAACCGGCGCAGACGCAGCAGGCGGAGUCGCAUUCUGUGUCCCCAAGGGCCCCGGCGCCGCCAAGUCCAUUACAGCUAGGUGAGCGAUUUACCAAUACUGUCCAGCAGUCGAUCGGACCAAAUUCAGGCGCAGUCUUUGUGCAGAACCUGGGCCUCAAGAUCGACCCUGUCAAUGCACUCGAUCCUCAGGUCUACGCGUGGAAUAUCGGGCGGCGGCAAUUGCCGGGCACCUUCACGGCGCUGUCGAUAGUAGAUAUCAUCUCCGAGGAGGAAAUGAGCGCGUUGACGCACGUUUACUUCGACAAGGUUGCUCCUUGCUACGGCUUCGUUGACCGGGAUAGCUGCUUUGAAUACGUCCGGUUGCGAUGGCAUCGACCGUCCGCUUUUGAACCGUGCGAUGUCGUUCUUUGCGGAGUGGCCGCGAUGGGCUAUUUAUUUUCUCAAAGGAAAGCAGUGGCUGCAGAGCUGCAUCUAAUCGAGUCGGCCAAGUCGGCUCUCGAACAUCGUUCUCCAGGCGAGAUACCACCACUGAUGCUACUCACGGGAUGGGCUCUCCGGGUUUCUUACCUGCGGUUAACGGCAUCGCCUCACACCGCUUGGAUGGCGAGCUGUACAUUACUCCACCUUAUUGACGCGUCGGGUCUGCACCUGGACCCGUCAUCUAGACAUGCGCUCCUACGACCGACGCAGAAUAUCGACGAUGAUAUCAGGCGUAGGCUCGUCUCCUUUGCCCAAUACAUCAACACGUGGGUGUCCUUUGACUUGGCAAGAUCACGAAUCAUCUUACACGGCGCGUCAUACACAACCCCGUCCAGUCGAGACGGAGAUUUCACGGCCGAGAUGUUGGAUUUGCUGCCCCUUUCUGAGAGUCUCGACCCCUUCACGCCGGUCGACGCAGUCCAGCUUACCGCCAUGCUCGUCAAUAUCAUGCAAAGCAGCCGCACGCAACCCCCGUCCGUUCUCUCUCAAUGUAACCUUGUCUUAUGCAUCUUCCGUCGUCUCCGUGCAGUUCACUCAACCCUGUCCGCGACCCUUAUGGGCCAAAUGCUGGCGUUAAUCACGAAAGCACUCGCCUGCGCCAGGGAAUUAGUUGACGCGAACUGUCCAUGGAGUCACGUCGCUAAUGUGCCCUUCCAAAUUAUCUGCACGCUACUAGCGGCGGAUAAUCCAGAGUCGUUGUCUCUGUUAGACGACGCGGUGCAGACUCUCAAAUACGUAACGGAUGUCUAUGACACUGAGGUACUGAGGGAUGCAUACCGGACGGCUGGCUCCUUGAUUCUAUUGCAGCAGAGGCGAAAGGAUCACGAUGCGGCGCGUCUGAACAGUAUCUUGGGCAUACACUUCGCCCAUGACCAUGAAACCAUAUCACAGCGACGACAGAGUAUGCAGGAUUCCGAGUCUUUUAGAGACUUGGUCGCGGAUUUGACCAGUUUGGAGAAUUUUGAUUUUGCGCAGUUCUUUAUCGCGGAUAAUCCUUGGAAUGCGCUGGGAAUGGACAGUUGA